UUGUUUCUCAUUCAUCAAGACCCUUUGAAUAACUUAAUUCCUUCCAACCCUUGGAAUUGUCUACAAGCUACUAUUACGAAAAUUUUCGUAAUAAAUUGUAGACAUGUCGAAGAAACAAAACAUAUCUGGUCACCUCAACCAAAAGGAUGUCAAUAAAGUCAAUUCGAUUGGCAGCUUCUUCCCAGCGGUUCCCAAACUGGAUAAUUUGCGUCGUAGUGAGGAGAACUUUCGCCAGAAUCAGUACAAGGCCGAGUUGUGUGAUGUGUUUAAUACCUAUGGCACUGGUAUGGCACUUACGAUGCAGAUGGAUCGCACCAUAGCUAACCGUGUGGGUCAUCCCUCCCACAUGUCGCCUAGCUACUUAAUGGACGACAUACUGACUGGCCGCAUUCACACUUUCGGUUUCGAGGACUACUUAAAACUGCCCCAUCACAACGAACAGAUACGCAAUCCCCAUUUCGAGAUGGAGAACUCCCACAAAUAAAUCCACAUCAAACACCUUUUGUCCACUCGACUGUUCUUUAUAGUUUCGUCAAGCACCUUAUGCAUACAUGAUAUUAAUAGUUUUUGGCAUGGGAGCGAUUCGUUGCUGGCAAUCUUGUAAUUGGAGAGAAAUCGACUUGAAAGCUGACGCAAUAUUUUGAAAGAAUUUCUUUACAAACGAAGGGAGGGCGGGCUUUAACAAUCAACUCAAGGGAAAAUCGGAUACUAAUAAAUUCCACUUAAUUGGUGCCAAAAAGAAUUUAUUAUAGCAUUAAUUGACCUUUUUGUGAAUAAAUUGAAUUAAGGAUGAUACUAUAUGCAUAAAGAGAUGCAUAUGUAAAUAUGCAGAUGGGAUGAUGCCCUGGCAGCUUACUCACUCUGUAUAGAGAAAGACUCCAGUGGGUGCGAUGAAUAUGCCAGAUCCUAUAAUGGUGCCCACAAUGAUGGCCACUCCAUUGAGCAGAGUGAGCUUCCGUUUCAGUACGAUCUUUCCAUCCGAUUCGGGGGUUUCCUUGGGUGCACCUUCGGAGGAGUCCACCAAGCUGGUGGUCACACCAUUCGCAUAUCGUUCAGUCAUUAUGUGUACGGAUAUAGUUUGUCUUUAAUGCGCAAUAGUUGGCAUUGCCACU